AUGGGAAAUUGUGCUAAUAACCCUUGUGGCUGCGAUGGAUAAAUGGAGCAAACUAAUGAAGCUUUUGUUUCAGGAAACAUUUUGACUGAAAAUGGCUAAAUGUCUCAUAGAAAUAAUUUAUCAGCAAAUAGAAGACCCAUUUAGAUAAAGUCAAACUAAAAAUCUUUAGUGGUUGCUGACUUUGACAAUAAGGAAAAUGUUUAAAUUGAAAAUUAGUCUGCAGCUACCGUAGCUAACGCUGACUUAAAGACCUCUUAAAAAUUACAUUUAUCCCUUUCAAAGACUCAUCAUACUUCUGCUAGUAAGAUGGCUUACGGAAAUGGUAAUGUUGAGCAUACUAAUAAAGCAAAUGAAAGCUUGACUACAAAAGAUUAGUCUUUAGUUGGUUCUUAAAAGAAUUUAGCUAUUAAUUAAAAGCCAAGGUUUACUAGAAUAGCUACAAACCCUAAUUAAAUUCAUCCAGCAGUUUAAUAAAUACUUAGCACAAUUGGCAAUUUUGAAUACAAUUCAGAUGAAUCAUACGAUGAGUCUCUUUUAGAAGGUCCUUUACUAUUUGAAAAUGAAGCUGUUUAUUAUGGAGAGCUUUUAAACAAUUUGAGACACGGACGUGGAAAACAAAUAUGGAAAGACGGAAGCUUUUAUGAGGGAUAUUGGAAAAAUGAUACUGCAUGGGGUAAAGGAAGAUUAAUUCAUAGUGAUGGUGAUCUUUAUUUUGGAGAUUGGUAAAAUGACAGAGCUCAUGGUAAAGGAGUUUACUAUCAUAGUGAUGGAGCAAAGUAUGAAGGAGAGUGGUUUGAAGAUAGAUAACAUGGAUAAGGAAUAGAAAUAUGGCCAGAUGGAACUUAAUAUGAAGGUGAAUAUUAAUUAGGAAAAAAACAAGGAAAAGGCAUAUUCAGAUGGUCUGAUAGUAGCUACUAUUAAGGAGAAUUUGCAAAUAAUGAAAUAGAAGGUACUGGAGUUUAUAAAUGGAAAGAUGGAAGAGAAUAUUUGGGAUAAUGGCUUCAUAAUAAAAUGGAAGGAAGAGGAUUAUUCAAGUGGCCUGAUGGUAGAUAAUAUGAAGGUUAAUAUGUUGAUGAUAAAAAAGAAGGAUUUGGCAUUUUUACUUGGCCAGAUGGAAAAAUAUACAGAGGAAACUGGAAAAAUGGAAAAUAGCAUGGAUAUGGAGUCAUUUAGUUUAGUGAUGGAUAAGAAAGGGAAGGAGUCUGGAUAUAAGGAAAAUAUGCAGGCAGUGACAUUAAUAGUAAUGAAGAAAUAAAAUAAUAAGCUGCAUAAUAUAAAUUUGUUAUGCAAUAAAUUUAAAAUGAAUAGCAAUAAUAACAAUAAGAUAAGUGA